UGUGAACGUGGUUGAGCUCGACAAUAGUUUCAGUGUUUGCUUACUUCCGUGUGUAUUCCUUGAAUAUCUUAAUCCUUGCAUGACGACAAACGCCAUAAAUUGGCAUUCACAACGACUACGUUGUUGUACACAGUUUUGUUUACAAGAUUGAGAUUUCGUAAUUUUUUUCCCAGUGAGAAUCACGCGACAAAUGUGUAAUCACUUCGGUCUGUAGAAAAACAAAUCACGAUCUACUGUCAGAACAUCAUUUCCGGUCAACCGAAGAGCUCGGAUGUUAUAAAAGACGAUUGACAAUGUGACAUGUUGCCCAUUAUUGAAGUUUGGGGGUCCACUGAACGGCCGAAUUGAACGUUAAGCGAGAAAAUGAGCCGCUCAGUCAACUUGUUGCUUGUGUUGAUCGUCACCCUGUCGGCCGUCCAAUCUUACGUCGUCCGUGAAAAUGGUGACGCCAAAAUGUUUCGCGAAAAUCGAGCACUCACCACAACCGUCACCAUCACAGCUGCCACUGCUUCGACUACGACGAUUUCAACGAAACUCACCUGCGCCAUCCUAGUUGCACCUGUGGCUACCACCGCCUGCCGUCGCAAAAGGCAAUACUGGGGUAUCCCGUUAUUCUACGCGUUCAGCCAAAAUGAAAUGCAUCAAUUCGACUUGUUCAAUCCUACGCAAGUCUUGGGGGUUCAACCAUCCGUUAUGCCAGAGUAUCGCACUCCGGUCUCGUACGCCGAUCCCUCUGAAUCGUCCCAGUACCAUUCUGCUUACGGUAUUCAGUCAUCUAUGGAAGGAACCGACGGAAUACCAGUCCCGACAAUGUUCCGCAUUGCCGAUCCUUUCUUCUACGCUCCUUUGUCGUCGCUCGUUUCUAGCCUUGUCUCCAACUAUGUGUCUCCACCAGUAACCAAUACUGAACUUGCGUACACUUACACUACCACAGUGACCCAAAGUGUCUUUACGGCUACGGCAUCCUACCAAUUAACUUCGAUUCCUUGUCUCCCUGUCCAAAUGAAUGUUUGUCCUGCAGCUCCUAUUCCCGCAGUGGGUGUUUCUGAUCCUCUGCUGGCUGCUCCUGCUCCUGUCCUCGCUAGUCCUGUGGCGGCUCCUCCUGUGCUAGCCGCUGCUCCUGCCGCUUCUACGGUCGAUUCCACUACGGUCGAUUCCACUACGGCCGCUGCUACUACGGCCGCUGCUACUACGGCCGCUGCUACUACGGCCGCUGCUACUACGGCCGCUGCUACUACGGCCGCUGCUACUACGGCCGCUGCUACUACGGCCGCUGCUACUACGGCCGCUGCUACUACGGCCGCUGCUACUACGGCCGCUGCUACUACGGCCGCUGCUACUACGGCCGCUGCUACUACGGCCGCUGCUACUACGGCCGCUGCUACUACGGCCGCUGCUACUACGGCCGCUGCUACUACGGCCGCUGCUACUACGGCCGCUACUACUACGGCAGCCCCUACUACUCCAGCCCCUACUACUCCAACCCCUACUACAGCAGCCCCUACAACAGCAGCCCCUACAACGGCCACACCUGCUACAGCCGAACCUACUACAGCCGCCCCUACUACAGCGGAACCUUCAACAUCAGCCCCUACAACGGCCGCCCCUAUAACUGCUCCUUAAUUAUCGAGUUGCUAUUUCAGUAAAUCAAUGGACAUUUUCUUAAAUUAAGUAUCAAAUUCGUUUUCAAUUUUUAGUUUCUAGAUUCAAAUGUUUUCUUACGUUGGAUGCACCGUAUUCGUUCCAGCAAUCGAAUCACUGUUAAUUUAGUAAUUUAAUCGCUUUUGCAAUUAUUUUAAAAUAAUCUCAUUUUGGAAAAAAUCCAAAUAAAACAAUGAAGGACAAACGAGUUA